AUGGAGGCAUCUGUCUCCUCCCCAUCGGUUGACGAUGACUUUCCUCCGGAACCUCGUGGAAGAUGCUAUACCUGGCCCAUGCAGCAAUUCCUCUACGAUCCCUCUUUAUCCGAACAUCAACAGCCGAACCUACCUCAUCCUUCGAUGAUUCGUGAACCCACAGUUGCUCAACUCCUAGCAGCUACCCCUUCCUCCUCGAGUUCAGCCAUGGGCACCCAUCUGAUGCCCUUAGGCAUGUCCCUUCCCCCAGGAAUGUCCUCAACGGGACAAGCUUUAUUACCUCCGAAGAAGAAACGAUGUCGUAAGAAGCCGAGUGAUCAGUUAGCACAGAAAAAACCAAAUCCUUGGGGUGAAGAUUCUUAUUCGGAUAUUAUCGCUAAAGCGCUUGAAUCGGCUCCGGAUGGUCGCCUCAAGUUAAAUGAAAUCUAUCAAUGGUUUUCUGAUAAUAUUCCUUAUUUUCGUGAACGAUCUAGUCAAGAGGAAGCUGCUGGAUGGAAGGUUUGUGAUUCGGUCUUUGAUCUUGUUUUGGUUUUUUGCGGUUGCCAUAAUCGGUUUUUUUGUAGUUUUUCACGGAAUAUUGAUAACUUCAUGUAA